CAAGGCGGAAGUAGGGAGUUUGUUUUGCAACGGUCAGAUGUGAGUUCUAGCCGCACAUUUCUGAAAAAUGACUGAUGGUAAUGUCCAAACGAGUGACUGGAAGCACAUGAGAAAGGCUGUGGAGGACUUUCGACAGCUAUUACUUUGCGCAAAAUGCUCCAAUUUAAUGACGGAACCUGUGUGUCUUGGACGCUGUGAGCAUUUGCUGUGCAGGUCCUGUGCUGGCUCACAGGCGGGCGAUGGCUGCGCGGUCUGUCACAGUCCCGCGUGGGUGAAGGAUAUCCAAAUCAACCGUCAGCUCAGCAGUAUCAUUCAGCGCUUCACUGGUUUGGAGUCCCUGCUGAAACCGGUCGAACAACCAGCGUCCCCUGCACCUGAAAUCCCAAUGCAAACUGAAAGAGCUAUUCUCAAACACAAAAAGAAUUUUAAGAUAUGGUUCAGCCCGCGUAGCCGCAAGGUCCGAUGCAAGGUGGAGAAGCCUGCAGAUGUGCCAGACAACUCUGAAGAAAUUAUCGCACCGCAACAACAAUCUUCAACCAGACAAAACAAGAGCCUCUCUGUUUUCAACUUCACCUGCUCAUCUCAAGAUUCUGAACUUUCUCCAAGUUGCGGCGACGCAGACACCAAGAACAAAAAGAAAAAGGUUGCCGCGAAGCGGAACUACGCUCGCAGGAAGAAGCCGGUGCAGGCAAAGAAGCCGACCGGAGUACAGGCAACUCAGAGGAAUCUGGAUGACAUAAACAAGCAGUGGGGAUUUGGACAGAAGGCUAACCCUGCUGCGGCGCAGCCCUGUGCUGAAGAUGGAAAGAAGUCAGGGAAGAGGGUUUGCUUUCAAAGCCCGGCAGCGGCAGAUGACCUUCCUCAGCAGGGAAGUCUGACACCAAAUCCCGGCUUUGAUACGAGUCCACUGAAGAAUCAAACCCAGCUCUGUCAGAGCACCUCAGAAAGUGCAGUCCAGAGUGAAACACCGUCUCCAAAAGACAUCGCAGAUGAUGCAGAAAAACCCAAGGGGACUUCUAAACCACAGAAUGUCACAAAACGAUCCAAAGUGAAGGAUAAGGUCGCUGCAUUGGAAACUACCCCGAAAAGGUCACGAAGCUCUCCUGUUCAGAGGAGAAUAUCACAGGGCCGCAUGUCCCCAAGUGUCCUCAAUCUUCUCUCAGUGACAAGUCCUGGAUGUGGGAAGAAGCGUAAAGAUCCGCACGGCGACAUGGAAGAGAGUUCUUCCCUUGCAGGGGUGCCAUCUCCAUCAACAUCAGCCAGACUGCUUAGCGGAAGCCCUCUUAUCACAAGGAAGAACUACAAAGGAGAGACAUUGCUGCAUCUGGCUGCCAUAAAGGGGGAUGUCGGGGCUGUGACGGAGCUGUUGGACCAAGGUGCUGACCCCAAUCUGAAGGACAAUGCUGGCUGGACACCUCUGCAUGAGGCCUGCAACCUGGGUCACCUGCCUGUUGUGGAGGAACUGGUGUUGAGAGGAGCUUUGCUGAACACACCAGGCUACGAAAAUGACUCUCCACUUCACGAUGCUGUCAGAAACGGCCACGUGGCUAUUGUAAAAGUGCUGCUUCGACUGGGAGCCUCCCAGAAUGUACUAAACCUGCAUGGCAAACGUGCUGUGGAUUAUGCUGCUACACCAGAGAUGCUGGAGAUUUUUAAUGAAGCCUCAAGAGAUGAUGGGGAUCCCAAUAAUACAAGUCUAAACACCACAGUCACAAGUGUCUCAUUGGUGGGCGAGUGCGUGAAGAGGGAUGCGAUUGUCUUCCUGCCUAGCAAGCUGUCGCAGACAGAGCGGGGUCAACUGGCCAAACUGGGCCAACUGUUGGAGGGACGGACGGCCGACACAUUUUCUGGCUCAGUGAGCCAUGUGAUUGUGCCGGAGGGUCCCAUGCCAACAACCAUCUCCACCCUGCUGGGGCUUCUUGCCGGCUGCUGGAUUGUAAAGUUCAGCUGGGUGGAGGCGUGUCUGCAGGCGGGAAAGUGGGAGCCGGAGAGUGAGCAUGAAGCAGGAGACGGACCCCAGCGCAGCCGCAUGAACAAAUGCAGUUUGCUGCCGCCCCUCUUCGACGGCUGCUUCUUCUUCCUGCUCGGCUCUUUCAAGUCUCCCGCCAGAGAGGAGCUGACCCGGCUGCUGCAAGAGGGAGGAGGCCAGCUGCUGAGGAGACAACCCAAACCCGACAGCGACGUGACUCAGACCCUGAACGCGGCGGCGUACCACGCGCUCCCGGGAUCAGACCAGGAACUGUGCACCCAGUACAUCAUCUUUGACCCUAAGGGUCCGCACAAGCCUGUGGCGGUCAGGCGCGGGAAGGUGUGGUCGGCGCCUUCCUCCUGGAUCAUCAGCUGCAUCACUGCCUUCUGCCUACUGCCAGUGCCAGACUCAUAAGCCUUUCAGUAUAAUAUGCUUUCUUAUCUUUCACUAUGACUCAAUAUGUUUUAACCCUUCCACC